GUCACUUAGUCCAACAUGCCAACUGUAUCAACCAUUCCCUCCACAUCCUUAUUAAAACCUCACUCCAUCUCCCUCAUCACAUUCAUCUCUUCUCCAACUUCAAUGGCUACAAGUACUAACCUCAUCUCACUCCUCUCAUUCACACUAACAACCUCCCUUCUUCUCCUCUCCAACUCCUCCCCAUCCCACUCCUUCAAACUCACCUUCAAGAAGUCCUCCACCAUCUCCUCCUUCACCGCCGCCGGCUCUCCGGCCUUGUCGCCAGACUCCAUGCCAUUGCUCCCCACCCCCGGCGGCACAGUGGCUCCACCGGAGAGUUCAAUAAUACCAACCAUUCCUUCCAGUCCUAGUCCUCCUAACCCGGACUCCCUCGUUCCGUCCUCCCCCUUGUCCCCUUCCGAGCUCCCCGCCGCCGCCGCCGAGUCCUCAGCCUUGGUUCUGAACUUAGGCUUUAAUGGUGUUACUCAUCUCUUGUUCCUCACUGUCUUCAUUCCCUUCUUCUUCUUCUUCUUCUAAAUUGUCUUUUUAUUUAUUUAUUUAUUUCCUUUUUUUUUGUUUUCUUAUUGA